GCGCCGCGCCGCGCCUCUCCGCACGAUGUUUAGCUCGCCUCACUCAGUGUUCGUGCGACCGCCCGCGGCCGAGGACGAAUCGCCGCGCCACGCGACACGCUUCACUCUGCUCACUUAUUACGCAGUAGCCACCAACACACCUACCCUACACCACUAGACUCUUCUCUAACCCCAUAACUCUUUCGCCAGGACUACACGCGAUCUGUGUGCAAAGUUUCAAACUACUGACCCCGCGAACUCUCAGUGACACCUCUCGGAGGCGUGGAAAAGUUACGUUAAAGUGCGAACCGAACUCGGAAGGACUCAGGAUUUGUAAAGUGACCGAAAUAUUUGGACGGUAAGAAUAGUAACAGACACGAAACUGUGUGUUCGGGCCACGUUGCAAGGUUAUCGCGCCUCUAGCCCGCCAGUGAUGAAUUGGAAAAUCAGCGCGUAGUCGCUCACGUGGUCGCUCGCCCCCGCGCGCCGCGCUUAUAUUUAGCGAAAAUCGGCUCUCGGUCCGCACCCGACGGACGUUCUGCGCAUAUCGCUGUUUACGUUGAGACGCCACAUGUUAUUCGUUUAGAAUAACAGAACCGGUAAAAAGAAGACAGAUAACCUCUCCGGUCGGUGCGGUGCAACGUUCUGGAUUUGGAGAGAAAGAUUUAAAAAAGAAAUCGCGUCAAAAUGUUAAUGGUCGGAGCCGGCACGCGCCGAUGAGCGCUCGGGCCGUCACACCCACCGAAAAAUUCCACUGUUGACUGAGAUCGUAGCGGUGAGAUGUCUAUACCGGGGAGCGGCGGGUACCAGAGCCCGUGGUCGUCGCAAACGGCGCUGGGCGAGCUGGAAGGAGCCAUGGGCGAGAUGGAGCCGCUGGGCGAGCUGGCCGAGGUGGGCUUGGAGCCGCAGACGCGCGCACGCUCCAACACGUGGCCGCUGCCCCGGCCCGACAACUACGUCGACGUCGACAACGGUGGCGGCUCCAAGAAGAACUCCAACCAGAAUUUGGCCGGUGGCCUCCCUCUACCCACAUCGGGGGUAACCUCAAAGAAAAACUCUUCCCGUCGCAACGCCUGGGGCAACCUUUCGUAUGCUGAUCUCAUCACUCAAGCCAUCACCUCUUCACAGGACAACAGACUCACUCUAUCCCAGAUUUACGAGUGGAUGGUUGUCAACGUGCCAUAUUUUAAGGAUAAGGGCGACAGCAAUUCUUCGGCUGGAUGGAAGAACUCGAUCCGACACAACUUGUCUCUCCACAACCGGUUCAUGCGAGUUCAGAACGAGGGGACGGGCAAGUCGUCGUGGUGGAUGAUCAACCCGGACGCCAAGCCCGGAAAGUCAGUGCGCAGGCGCGCAGCUUCAAUGGAGACUUCCAAGUUUGAAAAGAGAAGAGGAAGGGUCAAGAAGAAGGCUGAGGCGUUAAGAAAUGGCGUCGCUGCAGAUGCGAGCCCGAGCCCCAGCAGUUCUGUCUCAGAAAGCUUAGACAUCUUCCCAGACUCACCACUACACAGCAGCGGUUUUCAGUUAUCGCCGGACUUUCGUCAGAGGGCGUCUUCGAAUGCGUCGUCUUGCGGCCGAUUGUCUCCCAUACCCAGUCUGAUUACCUCGGAGCCUGAUUGGGGAUCAGAGUAUACGCCAGCGACAACAUCAGACUUCUCGCAGGCGGAUUACGUCCAAGAGGAACUCCUGGCUGGCACCCUGGCCGAUUCUAUGAAACUGCAGACUGACCCGUUUUUGAACACGUAUGUCCCGACAACGCUAUCCUCGUCUUCCGACGGUAGCUAUCGGUACAACACGUAUGGUGCAUGCCCACGGCAUCCACACGGCGGGUGUGGCUGCGCAUCGAUGUAUCCACACCCCGCGCACCCCGCGCGGCCCGCCCCGCACCAGCCCGCGCUAGACCACUUCGUCAGGCCGCCACCACCUGCCGACCCCGCUGAUAUGAUGCAGACAGAAAACAGUCAAACGCAGAUGGUGACGACAUCAGACGCAGGGCUGAUGAACGGCGGGAUUAUGGUGCAAACUGGGGCUAUGGGGCCUACAACCGUCAUGGGCCAAAUCAUGGGGGCCCUUAACACUGGUCUUGCGGACGACUUAAACAUCGAGACAUUAGAUCACGGCUUUGAUUGUAAUGUUGAUGAGGUUAUAAAGCACGAGCUGAGCAUGGACGGCACGCUGGACUUCAACUUCCCGCAGCAGCAGGCGCUGGCGGGCGAGGGUGCGCAAUUCGCUGCGCCCGCGCCGCCUCCCACCACGUUGCCUGGCGGCAACCCCCGCAACUCCUGCUCAGCCCCCUCCUGGGUCCACUGAAACCCCCGAACGUUCGGACUAGUUGUAACUACUUACCGAGAUUGUUCACGUUGCCCCGACAACGACAUUUCCUAUUGUAAAUAUUGACGCGAACCUUAGUUUAAGCUUUUUUGUUAUUUUGGCGUGCAGGCUGUCGGUGGUAGCAGUAGUUUUAGGGGAGAUAUUAUUUUAGAAUAAUUCUAUUUUGUCUGUGCAAAAUUCGAAUAGAAUUUUCAGGCUGCAUUAUUAUUGUGACCGCGACAUUUCGGACAAAAGUCGUGAUUCUAGAAUACAUUCACCCGCUGAAAGACUGGUCUAUCUUUACCGAUGACCUGCAAAUAAGUCCAGAUUUUUGUUCUUUAUCACGUUAACUAAUGUUAGAGUUUUAUUUUGUGUUAAAAUUAAGUGGACCGUUACCGAUCGUUGAAGUGUCAAUUGUGUUAGUUGUAGAGCUUUAGUGAUAAGCUAGGUGGAAGCUUGUUGUGAUAUAGAUAGGGUAUCGUACCUGGCUAUAUUGUUGCAACCAGGAGGGGGCGGGGUUGAUCCUGUAUGGCGGACAUCGAAAGCACUGAGAGGGCUCUUCUAACGAUUGGCUGGCUGUAGGUUGUGUCUCCACAACAUUAUGAAAAGAACCAACGACGAUCAUCACAAGUAUCUACCAAAAUUGGGAAGCAGAAAUUACGAGGCGACAUUCAGAUGAAGUGAUACAUAUUUUGAACGUUAAAAUUAAAUGUGAAAAAUUGUGACCUCGCGUUAUGUAGUAGGCUAAGGCAGUUAAGGCAACGUUCGAUGGAAUAUUCCGUUAGAUAUAAUACGCACCAUCUCUGUCCCCUCCAUAAACGCUAUAGAAAGUCAGAUUAGGGCGCCAAACGCCAAAAUGUUAGCGCCGUGAAGCAUUUGCUUAAACAUAGUGAAUACCAUACCUCUGACUUUGGUCGUAUCGGAUCGCAAGUGUUUCGGCCCACGUUGCGAAUCCACUAAAAGCAAUUUUAAAUGAGUCGAUUUAGACCGCAUUUGAUUCGCUAAUUUACGUAAAUUUCAUUUUACUCUGUGGGCCAAAUCGACCCAUUCCAAGCAAGCAUUUGUCGAUUCGCACUGCGGUGUCAUCCCGCUUGCGAUCCGAAACGACUAAAUACCCGAUUAAGGGUUAAAUCAGACUGAUUGUAUUCCUUUAACUGGUACCUCUGAAAGUGAACCGUAAGGUGCAUCGACCAUUGCCAUUUUAAUUUUGUAUCGUUUAGUUAGUACACCGUAUCAGUUUAAGUUUAGAGUAUCCUUUAUUAGCCCAGUCAAUAUGUCUAUUGUGUGUGUGGAAUAGACAUUGUUUCUAAAGCAGUUUAAUUGUGCAUAGGAUUAGGAGACACAAUCCUGAGUGUACCAAUACUUAUGAAACUAAAUUACUAGAAAAUGGCAACAUUGUAGCCAGUAACUAUUAGCAAAAUUGUACCUUAUAACUUGCAGAUAAAAGUAGGUUUGUCUACGAUUUGGUAACGGAAAAGUCUAAGGUAUAAAUAAAUUAUCAGGUGCUACUCAAUCUCUGCAGAAAUUAAAUUGUUUUCAUACAAAUGAAUUCUCAUUCCGCAUUUUACUUCGAUCAUAGAAUAUAUAUUUGACAGAUGCGAGCCUCAAAUGCUUUGUUGUUAUGUAAGUAUAAAUAUAAAAAGUACAAUUUGACUGGAGUACGCUGACCACGUAUGUAAUACAGUUGGAACAUUCUCAGAAACACCAACUAGAAUAAAUGCCAUAGUAUAGAUUUGUAUGUACUAUAAUGUAGUUUCGUUAAACAUUUGCUUAAGCCAUUUUUAACCAAAAAAUAUUUCCAAAUAGGCACCUGUUUGUUGCUCAGACAUAGAUAACUUGAACGCCCAAUUUGGAAUGACGUAGAUUGUUUAGAUCGUAGAUGGAAUACUUAGCAACGUACGACAUAUUGCUCCGAUAAUUGUGCCUGCUAGUGUAUCUUGAGACAUGUAAGUAAAUACGCUCAUUUUUAAAGGAUUUUAUAUACAAUCAUUAUAAAACAAUAUUUAGGAGUUGACGCACAAAGGUAAUCGUUUAUAGUCAGAUCUCUAGUCCCAAAUGUUAAUUUGAAUACCAACUUUGUCAGCUAAGGGCUUGCCCAAAUAAACUGUAGCAGAAAUAAGAAUUCAUUCUGAGAAUGAAUAUAAGCAGUUCUAGAUUCUUAGGUUAAAAUAGAUAGGUAUUUAAAAUAAAAACGCUUCCUCUAUUUGUUUGGGUAUUUCAAAGAGUUUACAGCGAAGCUCCGAAGUUUUAAAAGCUCAGGAUGGCUGAAUGCAUUGCGAGACGUUACACGGGUUUAGAACUUUCUGCGACUGGAUCUGACCGUUCCUUAACAAACUUACAAGAAAACUUAAGCUUUUAUCUAAUUUUAUAUCAACUACCAAUGAAUACGGUUGCGGUUUCUUGCUAACUAUUCUUAUCUGUCUAUUUUCUUUUUAAUACCUAGUUUGUAAAGGUAGAAAGUUUGAAAUCAUUUUAAACGUGUGACCUUUCCGCAGAGCACCUGUGAAUCGCCAACAACAUCGGCGGUCACAAUUGCAGCUUUCAAUUUACCAAUUAAUGUUCUUAGACAAAUGGCUUUACUUGCACAAACGAUUAAUUUUACCUACUGAUAUUCCUCAUUACCUCAGUGGACUUUUGUGAUAGAUUUAGCCAAUAUGUGUUCAAUUUAGUACGUGUAUCACUGUAAGUCAAUUCAUGUACUUUUUGGCGUCCAUUUAUAUUAUACAUUUAUGGCAGAAUUUGGUUACGCAUUAUCAUUAUUUUUGGUUAAGCAAGCAGAUGAAUUUUAUUCGUGGUUUCAGGAAUUACCGAUACAUUAAAAAACUUAUGAAGUGGUCGCUUUAUUACACUUAAAUUGAAACAAAAUAGGUCUCAUUUCCUGAUACAUUGUUAAUUUACUGCUUUUAUACCAAAUUACGUAUAUUUGCAGCUGAUAUUGGUGCUAUAGAUACUAUAUUUUUAAUAGCGCAUUCUAAAAGUUUCCUAAGUUUCGAAUUGAAUACAUAAGGUAACAGAAAUUAACGUACAAAAUUGAAGAAAAAAUUAGCGAUUUUAAACUAUUGCGCCUUGUUAUACUGGUACGUAUAAGCGAAUGUGGGAUCCGAGAUAUGAACACACAAUUUGAUUUAUAUUUUUGUAGCUAGGUAAUAAAUGUAAUUAAUUAGUUGGUGAGUUGACUCGAAGUCAAGGGUGGUAAAUGGAUGUCCAACAUCUACCGGUGAUGGUGUGGUAAUAAACCAUUUGCCAAAUAUACAUACGUAAAAUUCAAUUACAGUCGAUUGUCUUAGAUAUUGAAGUAAACCUAGUUGUAUGUGUUAGUAGAAAGAUUUAGUCUCUACGGAGUUAUCUCAUGUAGUUAAGAUAGCUGUAAUUAAUCUCCUGGUUGUUGAAAUGUAAUACUGUAAUGAAAUAUAUGUACAAUGUAACGAAGCGUGUCUAUGUCAAUCCUUAUGGUCAAUUAAAUAUGCACCGAAUUAAAGUUCCAUUAAGGCCUAGCGUUAAUGUGAAAUAUUGAACUCCAUGUAGGAUACUUAAAUGUGCUUUUAGUCCCAGUUUUGCUUUGGUUCGAACGUUCUAAAGUACAGAUAUCAAGCACAAAUUUAAGGAAUGACCUGAAAAUCCGUCGAGCUAAGGGUGGUGUGCGAAGCGACUGUGUGAGUAGAUCUUAGUACACUGGGCACAUAGAGCAGGCUAUCAUAAUACUAAUAGGUAACUUAAGUGUCUGAAGUAGUCUGGACUAUGUGGCCAGUAUUCUUGGUCAUUGUAUUACAGAGUGCACGACCAUCCUUAAAUGAUUAGUUUUUAAACGACGUGUAUAAUAUGAAUUGAAAAUUGGCUAAUGUUAUCAAUGAAAUUGGCUUAAAUUAAAUCCAAAUGUAUUCUAUGUAUGAUCAACCCAAUUUGGCAAGACCAAGGAAAUAUUCGAUUAACUUACAAAUCGAAUCUCGAUUUAAACUGUGUAAAGCUACGACUAGAGGCACAAUAAUUUAAUGUAGUAGGCGAAUUAUUAGGAAAAACGGCUUAUUUGCAGCAUCUGCUAAAAUGUCUGAGUUAGAAAAUAUAGUCUGACCUUCAAUGAUUAGCGCUAUAUAUGGCAAUGUUCUUGAAGGCAAAGAAUAAAUUCUAUAUUUGAAUUGUACAGCUAAAAGAGUGUGAAUUAUUUAUUUAUAUAAUAGAUAUUUCGCCCAUAUUGCUAUGAAUAGUGCUAUUUAGCCAAGUAGAGUCAGCCUUUACGCCUAGUUUCACUAGAUUAUUAAUGGCCCCGAUUCCUGCAGACACCUCCUAAUUGUAUUUUAAGUUAUACCCGUGAUUUUCUUAUCCGCCGAAAAGGAAAGGGACGGAUGAUUGACAUAUGUUAAUUUUAGAAUUAAUGAAUAACCCCGGCGAAUAAAAUAGGCAUCACCCUCAUAUACAAUCCGAAUGACGAGUGCUGUCAACUUAAUUCUGUCGGAUUAUUGGCCAAUAUAAAAUUUUGGGAGGCUUUUAUAUAUAUUUCAGCCUAAAAUUAAUAUGUUUUCCAUAAAUUUUAUGCCUGUCGAUUACCCGUUCUUCUCCUUUUCGGCGGAUAAGAAAAUCACAGGUAUAACUUAAAAUAAACUUAGAUGUGUGUACUGGAAUCAGCACGAUUGAGUAUUUAAGUUGUCCAUCCAUCACAUUGAAGAAUCAGUUGUAAAAUACUCAAUCUUCAAUUCCAGGACGGCCAUCUUGUAAUUCGGUGUGAAAUAGACACGUAAGCAGAUGUUCUAGCCACUACAUGUGAUUAUGGUCACCACAACGGUGAUUCUGUGUUAGAAUAAUGUCGUAAUAUAACUCGCUGAUCGGAUGAUUGAAGCUAGCAUUGACUCUAGCUAAUAUGGGACGUGAUUGCCCGUCGGUACCACGGAUUUGUCCACACAAACGUUUUUUAUAAGAAAAGUGAACUGCUAGCAAUGCGUGAAAAAAUAUUAAAUGUACAAUGUUAGAUUACAAGUGGACAAUCUGGACCUUAUAAAAGCAUUUUGUAUUUGUAUUAUGUUUUAGGUAUUUGUUAACAUACUACAAAAUUUCUUAAGAAAUAAGAAUGUUAUUUAAUUUUUUGUUCGUUACAAACGCUACGUUUCUAUGGACAGUUCUGCGUCCUAAUCUUAAGAGGAAAUCCUUACCGUAUAUUUUACUAUUGUUAUAUGGUUCUACGUUAUUAUUUACUUGUAUAUAGAAUGCGGCGAACAUACCCUGUAUCAAUUUUUUUUUGUGUAAAUUAUAUGUUGUUUAAAAAUUCUGUUUGCAUUAUAAUGUUUAUAUAGUAAUGUAAUAACUCUACAUUAUUUUGUUGAUUUUCAUUUGCUCGUUAUUAUUUUACGAAUGAUAAAUGAAUAACGAAGGAAAACUAGAUAAAUUAGGUGAAAAUAUGUGUUUCAAUGUAAAUAUUAUAGACGAAAACAUGUAUGUAGAAUUACAUAAAUAUUAUUUAUGUAUUAAAUUUGAUAUUGUUUUCAAAAUUUAA